UUCCUCCCAAUAAGCGUCAGUGUCCAUGUACUCCAGAUAGGUUGGCACGUCCACCCCAGCUGCGCGCACUGCGGAAGUUCAGUUCUUUGCAAGUCCAAGUCCAAGGUGUCGUCCAUUACGUGAAGUCGGAAUGAACUUCCUGCGUGUAGUGGGCAGCUUGUACCGGCCGGCUGGGGUCAUCAGUCGGACCUACUGUCCUGGGACUCCAGAGACGUGCCGUCUGCCUGACACCCUGGUGGAAGCCUUGUCCGCAGCGGUCGGGCUGAAGAACGUCUCCACAUCAUUCGCAGUCAGGGAGCAGCAUGGGAAGGACGAGUCUUACCACGUGCCACAACCAGCUGAUGUCGUUGUCUGGCCGGAGACUACAAACGCUGUCAGCAAAGUUGCCAGGAUCUGUUAUGACAACAAUGUACCCAUGAUUCCAUUUGGUACGGGCACAGGAUUGGAGUCGGGUGUCAGCGCGCCCAGGGGCGGUGUGUGUCUUGACCUGACCAGGAUGGAUCAGGUCUUAGAUCUCCAUCCUGAAGACUUUGAUGUGAGCGUACAGCCUGGAGUGACGAGGAACGCACUCAACUCCUACCUACGUGACACGGGCCUGUGGUUCCCUGUAGAUCCGGGUGCAGAUGCUUCGCUGUGUGGCAUGGCGGCGACCAGCGCCUCCGGCACCAACGCCGUGCGGUACGGGACGAUGCGGGAGAACGUGAUAAACCUGGAGGUCGUGCUGCCAGACGGAACGAUCAUCAACACUGCCGGGAAGGACAGGAGGACAAAGAAAACUGCAGCAGGCUACAACCUGACGAACAUCUAUGUGGGGUCAGAGGGCACGCUGGGUAUCAUCACCAAGGCGACGCUCAGACUAUUUGGAAUACCAGAAACUAUCAUGGCAGCUGUGUGCUCGUUCCCCUCGGUUCAAGCUGCCGUGGACACGACAGUCAUGACUAUGCAGAGCGGCAUCCCCAUCGCCAGAAUAGAGUUCCUAGAUGAUGUGAUGAUGGACGCCUGUAACAAGUUUGGCGGGCUGGACUACCCCGUGGCACCCACCCUGUUCCUGGAGUUCCACGGUUCAGAAAAGAAUGUGGCAGACCAAGCAGAGGCUGUGGCUGAGAUUGCACAGAUGAAUGAGGGGUCAGACUUCCAGAUGGCAUCAGACCCUGCUGACAAAAAGAAGCUGUGGUCGGCACGACACAACGCCUGGUAUGCUGCGCUGGCGCUCAAGCCUGGGUCAAAGGGCUGUGCCACGGAUGUCUGUGUUCCAAUCUCUAGACUACCGGAGGUCAUCGUUGAAACUAAAGAGGACAUCAGCAAGUCAUCCCUCAUAGGACCAAUAGUUGGCCAUGUAGGUGACGGGAACUUCCACAGUAUCCUGACCAUUGAUCCAAAUGACCCAGCUCAAAUCGAGGAGGCGCACGUGUUACAUGAACGCAUGGCGAGACGAGCUCUAGCCGUUGGAGGGACGUGUACCGGGGAGCACGGAAUCGGACUGGGGAAGCGCCACCUACUGCGGGAGGAGAUGGGAGAGGGAACAUUCAGCGUCAUGAAAGCACUGAAACGUGCGCUGGACCCUAAAAACAUCAUGAACCCAGAGAAAGUCAUCCCUGUGUAACAAAACACAUAGCCAGUUAAGUGAUUUGUGGGUGGUCAAAUUUGGAAAGUGCUGAACUAGAAAACAACCAUGAAAACAAGGGAAGUCACAUAGUUUUACACAAGUGAAUACUUUAAUUUCAGAUUUUACCCAGAUUUGUUUGUAUCUUGUACAGUACUUCCAGGUGUGGCCUUAAGCAGUAUGUGUAACAGCUGCAUGCUUCAGCAUCAUUUUUGCAGUAAUGUCUGGCUAUGCUUGAAAAAACUUACAAAAAUGGGUGUAAAAUAACCUGUCAAUUUGUAUCUGAAAUAAGCUCUCUGUAGAGCAUUUUACCCACACUGUUUUAUUGAAUACUUUUGUUAUGCUUUGGUUUCAACCGCUGAUGGUGAGGUAGUGCAUUGGACAUAUCUUUUAAGGUAAUGUGCUUGAAUUAGAAACACAAUGGCAGAGUGCAAUAUCAUUUUAAGGCAUCAGUCGUGCUAAGAUUGCAGAAAUAAUAAUGAAUUGAUGAUAUGUGUAAUUAGAUGUGCUAUAUUUAUUGCUGCAUUUGUAUGUUAUAAUUGAGUAUCAAUGUGCCUUUAAAGGCAUUUUAAACUGUACAUGGUAUUGGAGUUCAAAUCAGAGCUUGAAUAGUGUUGGUAAUGAGACCUACCAUAUAUUGGUACAUCAGAUUCUGUACCUUUAGUGGACAUUUUGAACUUUUUUCUCCUACAUUCUGUUUUGUUUGUACCUUUUUUUUUCAAUACUUUGAAAUAAGAAUUCAUUCAAUAACCUAAUAAUAUGUAAAUAAAGAGAGUAAAAUUUGUAUGUG